AAUUAGCAUCAUGUGAAAUCUCUUAAGUGUAAACGCUCUUGUAAACCAUGCAAAAAAUUUGAAUUCAAGGCAGCGCCAAACUCUCUCUCUAAUCAUCUUCUUCUUCUUCUUCACCUCUCUCACACAGACACACACACUCUCUGUCCUAAAAUUCAAACAUUAAUCUCUCCAAAAAAAAACCAACAAUGUCUUCUAUCAGACCAUCAUCUCGGUAUGCUCAUAAAACUGGUUUUGAUUCACAACGAUCUUCCACCAAAUCCGACCCUUCUUCUUCUACAGAACUCACACCAAAAACCCACAACAACAACAACAACGCUCUAAUCAAAAUCAAGAACGCUUCAAAUGGUGUUACUCCAACUACUACCCACCAUUCCAAUUUCAGCUCCAUGGUUAAGAAAUUCGUUGAACACAAAUCAACCUCCUCUAAAUUGAUUAAGCAGAAAAAGGGUGAUUUGAAAUUGGUUAUACCUGCAGAUUUUAUAGCUGAAGAUUUGAAGAAAACGGCGAAAAGAGGCGGUGGUUUGAGUGCUUUGCAUAAGAAGUUGUUUAAAGGUUCUUCUUCUAGUUCUACUGGUGUGAAGAAAGAGGAGAAGAAAGCGUUGACUGAAGUCAAAGGGAAUACGAGGACAUUGGGAAUGGUGCUUAGAAGUGAAAGGGAGCUGUUGAGUAUGAACAAGGAGCAAGAGGAUCAGAUUCUUGAGCUCAAAUUAAUGCUUGAGGAGAAAAACCGAGAGGUUGAGAAGCUUAAGGAUUUGUGCUUAAAGCAAAGAGAAGAGAUAAAGUCAUUGAAAAGUGCCGUGCUGUUCCCGGAUGUUAUGAAUUCUCAACUUCAGGAUAUUUUGGAGAAGCAGGGUUCAGAACUUAUACAGGCAAAGCAGCUUAUACCAAAUCUUCAAAGACAGGUCACUUCUCUUACAGGCCAACUACAAUGUCUAGCCGAAGAUCUUGCUGAGGUCAAAGCUGAUAAAUAUGCUAUAAGAGGGAGCUAUGAUUCUCUUGGUAGCCCUCCAGGAUAUGAUCAAGAAGAAGCAGCUAAUUCUCUGGAAUUCAGCUCUGAGGAUCACACAAUUCCCGGCAGUCCAGAUGACAUGUUUCUCAAGGAUGUAAACCCCUGCUUAACACCUUAUUACGCCAAGACAAAGUCCAAGGAAUUUGAGAACUUCAAUUCUCCUGAUACUAAAGAUCUGGUAAAGACCAAUAUUCAAGUUUAUCAUGAGACCAGCUACAGUUCUUGUGCAAGGAAGUUGUCGAAAAGUUCAGACUGUCGCCAACAUUCCAACACAACAACCCGUGCAGCUCGCAGAUCUGAUGAAAGCAAAUGCACAUAUGGAAAGCAGGUCCACAGUAGGUUCUUCUAAGUUGUCCUCAAUCCUGAAGAUGUUUCUUGAGGAGCAGUAAACCUUAAGUCCAACAGCUCGGCUGAGAACAACAUUCGUGGUGAAUGCAUAGUUGUUUCGAAAUCAAAUUCCUAUUCCCUUCUCUCCUUUUCAAUAUACUAUCGAAAUCAAUCUGCGUUUCGACGUUCUUUUGAGAUGUAGACCAAGUAUCUGGUUCAGUAUACAUUUUGUUGGUAUUUCAUAAGAUAUGCUGGCCUAAUUCCAAUAGUCCAUUGAAUCUGAGUAGUCAUUCAUGGUUAUGUUUUAUAAACUCUUGUGAUGAACUGCAUGAUUC